AUGAACAAUAUCAUUUAUAAUUUUGAAGAUAAUCUCUUAAUUCUUCACAAUCACACAGAUUUCUAAUAAUUAAUGUUGCCCAUUCCCUCUGUUGAUGCGAAUUAUUAACAUUAGUAAAAUGAAUGAUANAAUCUUAGAUCUGAGUUAUUUUAGUUUAUUUCCUUUUAUCGAUAAAAUUGUCCUCAACACAAAUUAGCAGAAUUGGAUAAAACAAUCAAAUAGAAUUUCUUUUCUUUUACAACCCUUUAUGAUAACAAAGUAAAUCAUUAUCCAACUCUAUUUGGUAAUGAGAACUUAUGGAUUUUUAAACCUUCUAAUAUGAAUUAAGGUAGAGGAAUACAUGUUGUAAGAAGUUUAUAGGAAGUUUUGGAUAUUUAAAAUAAAUACCAAGGAGGAUAUAAGGAAAAAUUGUUAGAAGUCAAAAGAAAUGAACAAAAUGAAAUAAUUAAUAAGGUGGUUUAUUUAAAUACACUAGUGACAGAAUAAUUUGUUAUUCAAAAAUAUAUUGAAAAACCAUUUUUAAUUGAUGGGAGGAAAUUUGAUAUUAGAGCUUAUGUUUUAUUGACUUCAAAUUUAUAGAUAUAUUUUUAUAGAGAAGGUUAAUUGAGAUUGGCAACUGAAAAAUUUGAUACAAAAGUUUAAUCAAAUUAUGUUCAUCUCACAAAUAACGCUAUUUAAUAUACUCAUCCAUAAUAUGGAAAAUCUGAAGAAGGAAAUUAAUACAAUUUUGAUUAGGCUCAAAGUUUAUUUAAAAAAGAUUUUCGAAAAGAUGUAAGAAUAAUUUAAAUUUAGAUUUUAGCAAAAAUUAAAAUGAUAUCUUAUACUGCAUUUUAAACAGUAAAGCAUAAAAUAAAUAAAUAAAAAAGAAAAAACUGUUUUGAAAUAUUUGGAAUGGAUUUUAUUAUAGAUGAAUAAUAAUAUCCUUGGUUGAUAGAAGUAAACACAAAUCCAAGUUUAGAAGUAACAAGCAAAUUAUUGGAUUAAUUAUUUCCAAGAAUGGUUAAUGAUGCAUUUUAAUUAACAAUAGAUUUAGUUUUUCCUUAAAAUGAACCAAAUCACAACUACCCUUUAAUGAAUUAUAAAAAUGAUGAAAAUCUAUGGGAAAGUAUGGGAUAUCUGUAAUCAUCAUGA